AUGGCGACUGUUUAUGUGAAUGGAAAUGUCUACACCGUCGACUCCAGCAUUCCGCGCGCUGAGGGCUUUGUUGUCCAGCCGGAUGGCACCUUUGGCAAGGUUGGCACGACGGCUGAACUGACCAAGUUCGCUUCUUCCACCGGCGCCCAGUUGGUCGAUCUCAAAGGCCAGUUUGUGAUGCCGGGUCUGCACGACGCCCAUUGCCAUCUCCUGGUUGCCUCGCAGGAAAAGCUCUUCGAAGCAAAGCUGGGCCUUGAAGCCGGACCAGACGAGACAGUUCGCAAGCUCCGAGAUUAUGCUUCGUCGUGCCAACACCUCGAGACCGUGGGCAACUGGCUCAUCGGCAACUUCUAUCACUGGCGCAACUUCAAAGACAAGAAGCCUGACCGCAAGUUCCUCGACGACGCCUUUGGCGAUCAGCCGGUCGUGAUCCGAGAAUACACCACCCACAACAUCUUCGCCAACACGGCGGCCCUCAAGGCGGCGGGAUACGAAGAGAACCCUGAAGAUCCAUGGGACGGAUACUACGUACGGCGGGAGGAUGGAACAAUCACGGGAGAGCUGGUUGAAGGUGCUGCCAAACGAAUGUGGUCAUCCAUCCCCAAGGGCACCCCCGAAUCGCAUGUCGAGGCCCUGGCCUAUGGCGUUAAGAUGGCCAACCGGUUCGGCUUCACUGCGGUCCAGGAGGCAUCCGCGAACGCGGUGUAUCUCGAGGCAGCCAAAAAGCUCGAUGAGAUGGGUUUGAUGACCAUCAACCUUGACGCGCAUGUUGUCUUCUGGGGCGCCGCGUUCAGCCAGGAGAUUCCUGAGACCCUCAUCAACAGCAUCAACAAGUCGUACCGUUAUGAAACCAAGCACUUCAAUCCCAACUUUGUCAAGUUCUGGCUGGACGGGGUCCCGUGGGAACCGCAUCUUACCCACUGCCCUCUGGCAGAAGAUGGCAAGCCCGAUUACAAGAAGAUUCUGGUGCCUCCGGCCAUCUUCGCCGACGCCAUUGAGCGAUUCGACAAGGAGGGCCGCACAUGCAAGGUGCAUGUCUGCGGGCAAGGCUCCGCCCGCUUCGCUCUGGACUGCUUCGAGGACAUGCGUAAGCGUCGCCCCAACGGCCCAAAGCAUGAACUCGCCCAUAAUAUGGAUGUCCACCCAGACGACUUCGACAGGUACAAGAGGCUGAACAUCACGGCGGAGAUGAGCCCGGCCGUUUGGCAUGACCCAGACUACCAGCCGGAGCAUAACCCUAUGUCGGUAUAUCCGUUUACGGGGCUGAGGGACGCCGGUGCUUUGCUCACCAUUGGGAGUGACUGGGUCUUUGCCCCCGAGACGCCCAAUAUCUUCCCGGGUCUGCAGGCACUGCUCCAGGGCCGCAAGGGCUGGGAGAUGGAAAAGGAAGACAUCCUUCGCAUCAUCACCCUCGAUGGCGCCAAAGCCACCAACAGAGAUGGCAAAGAGGGGAGCAUUACCGCUGGGAAACUAGCCAACUUCAUCAUCCUCGAUCGAGACCUGAGCACGGCCGAGGAUAUUAGCACCACCGUCGUGCGCAAGACUUUCUUCGAAGGCAAGGAGGUGUAUGACUAUGAGACUGACGACCUCAAGCAUUUCCAGGGGAGACCAGGUUAG